AGAGGUUAAGCCUGCCCUCUCCUCCUCUCUCUCCCUCUCUCCCUCGGUGUUCGGCCCACAACUCCAGCUGCCUCCUCCAAUCCCACAUUUCUGCAGCAGCUGAGCGCUCAGCAGACAUGGACACUUCAGAAGUUUAGCUCCCAGCUCUCUCUCUCUCUCUAUCCGUCUCUCCUGCGCGACUCCCUCCUCUCUGAGCUCCAAAUGUGAAAGCUGCAACAGGCUGGCGGCCGCAUGGACACCUAACUUUCUCUUGCUCCAAUUUUUUGAUUCGGUCAGUCGGUCAAGUCUGUGGAGGCUAUUGUUGUCUUUGCUGCGUCCUCCCUUUGGUUUUCUGCUAUACUCAUGCGUCGGGAAUGCCAUGGCCACUCCGAGCGCACAGCAGCCGCAGAUGCAGCAGCAGCACCCGCAGCAGCAGCAGGAUUACUUCAGGUCCGUGAGCAGCGAGUCCACCGCCUACAUGAUGGUCCCGACCGGCGGGCCGAGCGGGGCAGGACGCCGGGAAGCGCCGUCCAAGAUGUGGCUGGCGAUGGUGGUGAUUGUGGUGGUCGUGCUGCAAAUCGCCUCGACCACCGGCCUCUUUGUUUACCUGAACAUGUCCAUAUCACAGGUGCGUAGCCAAGGAGUGACGGAGGAGUUGAAGUGCCUGAGUUUACUGAACGCUCUGGAUAAGGACCAGGAUAUCCCGGACCAGCUCGCCCAGCUCUUCGGGGAGCCCUGCAUCAAGCUGGCCGAAGGCAUCAAGGCCUACAUCUCAAAGGUGACAGAGAACAUCAUCUCCAAGCAAACCUUCAUCGAGGCGAGAACAAUGCCACGCUCUUUCAACAACUCCAAGUUCACAAGCUCCAUGGCCCAGAGGCCGUCUGCACACCUGACUCUCAGAGACACCAGCUCUCAAGCAGGGUUUGCUCCCUACCCGAUCCCCACACCGGGGCUCCACCAGUCCUGUCGUCAUGUGGUGCGCUCAUGGGCCAAUCAGAGCUUCGGGGCCCAUCUGCACAACAUGACGCUGACUAACGGGAAGCUGCGGGUGCCUCAGGAUGGGCGCUACUAUCUGUACUCGCAGGUUUAUUUCCGUUAUCCUUCCCCAGCGGCUAGUGACGCAGACCAGCGCAGCGUCAGCCACCAGUUGGUGCAAUGUGUCUACAAGAAAACCUCCUACCCAAGCCCCAUACAGCUCCUGAAGGGUGUGGGAACCAAAUGCUGGGCUCCGGAUGCCGAGUACGCCCUACACUCCGUCUACCAGGGCGGCCUGUUUGAACUGCGGGCCGGCGACGAGCUCUUCGUCUCCGUAUCUUCUCCCACCAUGGUGAACGCCGACGAUUCCUCCAGUUACUUUGGCGCCUUUCGUCUGGACCUCUGAGAAGAAAAGACGAGAGGCGACGGAGCAGAGAGACUAUGGGUGGAUAAACCGAUGGGAUGGAGAACACUGAGACCUGAGCGGCCUAUUCGAAGUCCGUUGGCUGGGAGAGAGACUGCGAGCCUGGGUCUAGGAUCCUCAAUGUUUGCUUGGACAGAUACAUUGAAGGAUGGAGGGGGUUGAGUUUUAAAUGUGUUUGAGUGAUGAACGCUGCAAGACGGUGUGGUGAAAGGGAAGCAAAGAGAGAUGGAGUUGUCUUGUCUCCAACUCUCCAUUCAGAUAGAAAAAAACACAAAAACUAAUCAUCAAGAGCAAGAUCCUACGGAGAUACAUGUGCAAUCACAAAUGUGAGGACUGAUUCACUGCCGAUCCUCCAGGAAAGAAUUUGCUAUUUGGAUUACAGAAAAAGCGAAGCAAACCCGUGGAAAAUCCUUCAAGACCUUCCGAUUGAUGACACUAAUAAUUGUAUAGUCUGCUAACGGCGUCCUAUAUUAACUCAUAACAUUCAACGUAUCUCCUCUGUUAACAACCAGAGCCUUGGAUUCCGAACCAAAGAAUGUACACGUCAAUCUUCUGCAUCGAAGAUGCAACAAAGACUGUCUAACGGUAGUAGAAGAACGCCUCAUGAUCAAACCAAAGCAAAAAAAAACUGAAAAAAAAGUGGAUUAUACCUUUUCUAAGCGUGCCAUGAGAGAACUGUACAUAUGUAUGGCUGACGAUGAGACUUAGAAAAUGAUGACCUGUGGUGAUUUUUAAAGUUAUUCCUAUGUAUUUUAUAUUGACUGGACCUAAAACCACUUGGUCUAACUGCAGACCAUUGCCUUGUCACACUAGAACUGUGGAUUUUAUGCAAUUCCUCUAGUUUCUUCUGACCAGAUACUGUAACAAACAGUGGGAGGAGGAGCGAGCUCGUAUCCAACAAGAGUCUGCAAGAGAAAAGAAGAAGGACUGAGGGGGAUGAGUCCCGUAAAUGCCUGUAAGAAUGAGCCCAGCUUCUGAAGACAAAAGGACGGCGAGCGGCUGAUGAUGGCAUGCAGUUCUAUCUGUCUCGUUUUUCCCGUCUAACCUGUGACGCUGCAUUGUUUUACUUUGAGAAUCAGUCAAGCAACCAAGCUGCAAACAACAGACACGAGAACCCCAUGACUGUAUAUUUAGAUAAAAAUAAACCUGUAAAAAAAAAAGAAAGAAAAAAAAAAGACACGGCUAGUUGCACAAUCAAACAUUUACAUUGAGCAUGGAUGAAAAGUUGUUUUAUGACCUGUUAAUAGCUAACAGUUGUUUUCACACGUCUUUAACAGCCAAGUGAGGCCUUUGCAACGGACUGCAUCUCACAUCCAAACACAAAUACAUCCAACCCCACCCCCUAUAUGCUUUAUGUGCUGCCAUGUAGGCGUGUUGCGCUCCAAAUGGUCCUUUAAAUGGAGUAAUUUGAAAUCCAGACCACUCUGGAGCCCAAACCUCUUUAAUCUUCCCUCUGACCCUAAAGGUGGGGUCAGAGGAACAAAGUCAGGCUAGGCUUACGUCUGAUCCUGCUUUUAGCAAGGACAUAAAUUUAGCUGAAAAACUGGAGAUCGGCUUGACCCGCGGGGGAAUUGCACCCAUUUGCUUUCAUGUCAAGAACUGUUUGAAAUGUUUGAGUUUUCUUUGUCUUGUUUGUUUGUUGUUUUUUUUUUUACUCUGUUUGUUAUUUAUCGAGCUUAAGCCGGAGUCGUGUAGUCUUCGCCCCCACGCUAACGUGGUCAAAAGGGCGACAGAUGACAUCUCCUACUAGCAGAGCCGUUUGGCAGUGUUCUGUGUUGAAAAUUAAAAUGAAAUGAAACCGGCAUGGAGCGAUUGGAGCCAUAUGUGACCUCCUCCAGGAAAGGCAUGUCGAUGUUCAACAGCCAGGAGAGAGGAGUGCUGCUGCUGCUGCUAGCGCUGCUGCACAGCAGACCAGGAGGGCAUAUGUGUAGAAUAAACCUGUGGAUUGUUAAUGGAUUCAAUUAUGCACUACUAUGUCUGAGAGGGGGGUCUGUUUCACAUCGACCAGAAAUUUGCUUGCUGGAAACUCUCCUGCCUUGCAAAGUCUAAUUUUAUUUUUUUAUUUUUGUGUAUGAAGCAGUCGCUUUAGCUCCGUAUUUAAUGCCCAGAUAUGCAAGUAGCCUCAAUCUUUUCAUCUAAGGGAGGAGAAAUUUUAGUAAAUGCAUUACCUAAAUUGUCCAAAGGGAAUUAGUUUAGUUAAAUUGCUAAAUUUUAGUUCAGUUUAAAGAGACUUUGGUGGUUUGGAAGCAUGAAAGUUUGUGAAACAGAUAAUAAGUUAGCUGUUAACCCCAAAAUAGAACUCAUUUGAUGUGCCAGUGCUGAAAAUGUUUGAUCAGAUGAACAAUCCGCUGUUGGAAAUACUUUAACGUACCCCAAAUCCCUCGGAAACAUUGUCAUGUGAAGACAACCGCAAGCUACACGUGUUUAUCUGUCUGCACUUUUCAGAAAUCACAAAUAUGGAAAGCAGGUUUGAAAAGCACCACACAAGAUAAUCUAAUAAAUGUCAAAGAGGCACGUUAAACAUGCACCACCUGGCACUGACUUGGGGCCCCACAAGCUCCCCUCUCUGGUAUGUGCACGUGUGUGUGCAUUAACGAUGUACACACAUCACCACUCACUGCAUUCAAGACGGCCUUUGCUCCGCAGAAACCCCCCAUCAUUUAGUGCCACAUCCAGCGUAGAGACUCAAACUGGCUGACAUGCACCCGUGCACUUUCUGGUUACCGUCAGUGAUAAUGCAGUGUGUGUGUGUGUGUGUGUGUGUGUGUGUGUUUUUGUUCAAAGGGCUGAUUCAACAUGGACAAUUAAGAAAAUGAGGUCAAACAAGUAAAAAACGUGACUCUGUGUGUGCCUACCUGUACAUAGUCUACACCAUAAAGCAGGAUUGGACUCAUAUAAUUGCACACACACACAAAGAAACACAUUGGCCCAGAUUUAGCCGUUUAUCUUAUUUGUCCCUAUUUCUAAUCAUUUUACAGUGUUCGUUAUUAUUGUUGUGUUUUGUUUCAAGACUCAGAUAUUGUACCUGCCUCCCUCAAAACUGGGUUUCUGCACUCUGGUGCCGUGAAAGAAAAAACAAACACACCACAUAAAGAGCAAGGGAUGUCAACUUUGUACCUGGCUGGAUUUUUUUAUUUAUUUUUUUUUUAUUUAAAUGUUUUUUUUUCAAAGUUUGAUUAACAGAAAUCGAAGCCCUUUAGAAUACAAAGAAGAAACCUGACUGAGGCGGACCCAGUGCAGUCAGAGCAGGACCUCUGCACGCGUACAAGUGCAGAAACACAUUCUGAGGUGAAGCAGAGGGGAUUGGCAAGCAAGCAGAAACUUGUUGAGUGUGAAAGCAAAGCUUUUAGAAAGAGCAGUACAAUAUAGGAGCAGGAAAACACAAAAGAUUUAAAGAAAUACUCUCAACAAAAGAUUGGAACAUACCCCCAUAUUUAUUCAGUUUACUAUAUGAAUAGUUCAAAACUGAGGGCAAUUUCUGUUCAUCUUACCGGUUGUGCCUUCUCUCAACCCAACGACGCUCCGUCACGUCUUGCACACAAUGCUUGUUCUCCCUUUGUGAACUUCAGACUCUCUGUAGUCUCUGUACUAUUAUCCAGGGUAAACGACAGAAAUGAGCGCAUCAUACCCACUCGUAUUGUAACAGCAUGGAUAACUGGGACUAUCUGCAAAAGUGUUUGCAUUAAAAUCUGUAAAAGCUUUGUUUGUACUGGACAGUUUUAUACCUAGCUGUGAAAAUGUGUAGCACAGUGUUGCUGAAAAAAAAUAAAAUUUCUGAACUUUA